AUGCCUUCAGAGCCCAAACCAGGUCGUAUUCAAACUCUCACUGGCGAGCAAGAGAUUGUAUUGAAGCAAGUUUGGGCAUAUUUGUUAAAAUUUUGGGGAUAUGACCUAGAUAUAUCAGAUUCGGAUAUAGCAUUUAAGCGAAGUUUCGUUGCCUCUAGUACAACAUCCAAGAAUGAAUUGAAAAAGUCCUUGAGUGGGCAAAAUAUAAAUUAUACUUCUACCAACAAUUCGAUCACAACAAGAGACACAUCUCUGCUGUUUCUUAGGAAGAAAAGAAAUUUUUUUGGCUGGAGAAAGAAAAGCUGCGGGCAGCUGCAAAACUCUGAAAGAUUGAAACAUUUACAAACAUUGUCCUCUUCAGAAAGAUAUGUGCCUAUUAAAAAGCCCUCAGAACGAUAUCAUUAUAUCUAUAGUCAUUACUACAAGCAGGGAUAUAAGUAUAGCGAUGGUUACGAAUCUAUUGAAUCGAGCGAAGAAGAAGAGGAAACAGAGGCGAAGGACACUAACUCCGUCAACUCAUCAGAAACUUUCACUACUGCAUCACCCUCAUACAGCAAUGAGGAUAAUAAUGUUUCAAGAAAGGAAGAUUUGGUGCUGUGUCGGAAAAAAGUACCGAAGCGAGGCUCCUACAAACUGAGGGAUGGAUCAAUCAAUAAGCAAGUCAAACCAAAAAAGUCAAUCUUGCCAUUGAAAUCUGAUUUCAAGGCAAACACAACUCACAAUGCAUUUUUCGCAAGCAACAAUGUCAACCUAGUUGAUAAUUUUCUUCUAAAUCACGUAAGAAUAAGAGGGUAUGACACUGAAAGAUCGCUUCAACUGUUUUUCAAGAACAUGGAAUGGAGAUCAAAAGACUUUCCUACAGCAGAUUGGCUCUUGGAGGGCGACGCACCGUCUUAUUUACAUGAUACUGACUCUGAGUUCAUCCGAAAUUUCACUGUUUCGAAGUCUUAUUUAAGGGGAACUGAUUACGAUGGUAAUAGAAUUUUUGUAUUCAGAACGAGGAGACAUUAUACUUCUGAUUCGUUGCCAGAUACUAAAAGAUAUAUUGUCUUAACGAUUGAGUGGUGUAGGCUAUUCUUUCGACAGGCAACGGAUUUUGUUGACUCGGCAGUAAUUUUGUUCGAUUUGACAGGCUUUUCUCUCAAAAAUGCAGACUAUGCUGCAAUAAAAUUCAUAGCUGAAAUUUUCGAAGCUCAAUAUCCAGACAGCUUGGGACUUGUAUUGUUACACAACGCACCGUGGAUCUUUUCAAUUGUCUGGGACAUUAUCAAAAACUGGAUAGAUCCAGUUAUAGCAUCUAGGAUCCAUUUUACAAGAACGGUUGAAGAGUUGGAAAAAUAUAUUCCUCUAUGCCACAUACCAGACUUUAUUGGCGGUAAUGACUCGUAUGCUGAUGAGUAUCCAAUACCAGGAAAUCGACACGGGGGACCUCCUUUGCAAAAGGAUGCCAAGUUCAGGAAAUUGCGGAAGGAACGAGAUAAGUUAUAUGCCACUUUCCUAGAAACAACAAAACAAUGGAUUGAAUCCACCAAUCCAGAUGUGAGUUCAAAAUAUUUGCAAGACAAGAUUGAUAUAAGUAUCAAGCUAUCUGAGAAUUAUAUCCAGUUGGACCCUUACAUCCGAAAUCCAGGGAUAUACGAUAGAAAUGGCUCUUUGAAGUUAUCCAUUUGA